AUGAAUCGAACCAACUCUGGGCGUCGUCCAGCGCCAGAUCCAAAUUCAAUUGAAGCAAAAUAUUUAACAUCUACUGUUGGACCAGCAUUAAUUCGGGGCUUAUCAGAGAUUGUUGAACGUCGUCCAAAUGAUCCGAUUGAAUAUUUAGCUACAUAUCUCUAUAAGCAAGCGGAAAAUACACGCGCACAAAAAAAAAAAGAAGACGAUGUAAAACAAUUAGAACUGGAACGGCAACAAGUUGAAGAAGAAAAAUUACGUCGUGCUCAACUUAAAAGUGAAAUUCGAGCUCUACGUGAAAAAGAAGAAGCUGAACAAAAACAACGUGAAAUUGAAGAAAGACGUAAACGAGAAGCUGAAGAAUUAGCUAAACGACAUAAGGAAUUAGCAAGUCAACCACCGGCAUUACCUGCUGUACGCGAAGAAGAUGAUAUAUUUGUUGUUGAAUUUGGUGAAACAGAACUUCAUCGACAAGCUGCUGUUAAAAAUGCCAAUCUCUUGGAAUUGCUUCGAGAUAAUUAUCAUUCAAUUGCAUCACGUAAUGCUGACGGGAAAACACCACGUGACGUUGCACUUGACGCUGGUUUUCAAGAAAAUGUUGAACAAAUUGAUUCCUACUGUAUUCUGUUACUUCAAAAUGGAAAUACAAAAGCUAUUAAUGAUUUAGUUUUAUGUGGCUACACAGAGAUCAUUAAUCAAUUAAAAACAAUUGAAGAUAGUGAUGAAGAUACAAAUGAAUUCAUAAAUGUUGACAUACCUCAAUUAUUGGAAAAAGUAAAACAAUUACAACAAGCAAUUAAAGACGGAGAUACACAAACAGUUGACACGAUGAUGUCCGAUCGUAAAAACAUUGCACUUUAUCGAGAUGUUGAAGGUUCAUCAUCAUUACAUAAUGCUAUUGACAAUCGUCAAUAUGCAAUAGCAUUGAAUCUCUUGCAAAAAUAUCCAUCAUUAGCGCUAGUUAAAGACAUUCGUGAUCGAUCAAGUCUCGAUUUACUUAAUUCAAUUGACGAAGAUAGUGUGAGUGAUGAUCAACGUGAAAUGUAUGAUCAACUGAAAGAUGCAUUAAUAGCAACAUCGGGAAGUCACCAAAUGGAUUAA